UGACAAUAUUGUGAAACAGAGUGCUGCAGCUGGUGCUUAUCUCAGUAGAGAAGAUCCUGCUACAUGGUCCAGGGCCUUUUUUAACCCUAUUCACUGUUGUGAACAUAUGAACAACAAUUUUUCAGAGUCUUUUAACAAUAUGAUCAACAAGAUGAGAAAUAAACCAAUUAUAAUGAUAGGAAUAAUGUAUGCUAACUUAGUGAUGGGUACAUGGUACAAUAGGAGGACUGAAUCUGCAUCAUGGGUAGAUGGUAAUUUGGUUCCUACUGCUGUUACAUUGAUUAAGAAAAUGUUGGAAUUUGUGACUGACUAUGGUGUUGACCCUUGUGUGGCUGGAGAGUUAUAUAUGGUGACUAGUCCAAAGAAUUCUGUGUUCACAGUGAACAUACUUGCCAAGACUUGCUCUUGUUUGCAGUGGCAGUUGAGGGGGUUCCCCUGUAUGCAUGCAGUGAGUGCAUUGCAUAGCAUAAGGCCACAAUGGAGAAAGUACUGCAGUGAUUACUAUUCAGUGGAGAACUAUAAGGCCACAUAUGCACCAACUUUUGCACCACUAGAUGAUAAAAGUGAAUGGGUCCAGCCAAACAUGAACAAGAAGAUCUUGAACCCUCCUCACAGUAGGAAACCAGGAAGACCCAAGAGCAAGAGGGUAAGAAGUUAUGAUGAACCUCGUGUUGAGAAGACAAAAAGGAGGUGUGGGAAAUGUGGAAAUGUUACUAACCACAACAAAAGAACAUGUGCUGGUGGUGAAGUGGGAUCUAAUCCAACUGCAAAGAGGCAAAGGACUGAAUGUGAUGCACAAAGCUUCACCUUCAGCAACAUAGAGCCAAGUCAGACCACCAGAGUUAGGGGUGCAGCUAAGUCAAACAAGAAGAAGAGAACGGCAUCAUUUGUUGGUGAAUGUUUUACAGGGCCUGGCAGUCAGCCUUUGGCAACACCAUCUUCUACUCCAGCUUCCACAACACCUAUGAGUCUGCCAUCUAUAGCACCAUCUUCUACUCCACCCUCUACAAUAAAUAACCUUUAUCAGAACUUCUUUGGCAUUGGAUCUGUAUCUCAGAAUAUAAAACAAGGAAAGGGAAGGGGAAAUGGAAAUGCUAAGAAGAAAUGA